AUUCCCCACUUCCUCAUCCGCGUUCAAGCACCGAAAAGGAAACUGAUUCCCCUCUCAUGCGCGUGGUAGGAACGCUAGCGUCCGCUCUACUGGCGGCGUCCGCAUCGGCUUCUUGCGACCCGAGCAAGUGGACGCCUCCCUCCGAUGGCGUGUACAACACGACGAGUCGCGUGGACCCGAACAAGCUCAAUGUUCACCUCAUUGCGCACUCUCAUGACGACCCUGGUUGGCUCAUCAGCGUGGACCAGUACUACACGCAAAGAGUGCAAUACAUCCUGGACACGGCUGUGGAGGAACUCGUACGCAACCCGGACCGCCAGUUCAUGUACGUGGAGCAAUCAUUCUUCCAGCGUUGGUGGCACCAACAAGGCUCCGAGGUGCGUGGCGUCGUCAAGCAGCUCGUGCGCGAAGGCCGCUUGGACCUGACGGUCAAUGGCGGCUGGUGCAUGCACGACGAGGCCACUCCGCACUAUAUCGCCAUGGUGGACCAGACAGCGUACGGCCAUCAACUGCUCAUGGACGAGUUCGGCAUUAGUCCGCGUAUCGGCUGGCAGAUCGAUCCGUUCGGCCACUCGGCUACGCAGGGCUCGCUGUUGUCUCAAGGUGUGGGCUUCGACGCGCUCUACUUCGCACGUAUCGACUACCAGGACUACGGGAACCGCAAGAAGAACAAGGAUCUCGAGUUUAUCUGGCGUCCCAGCAAGUCACGCGGCAAGGCAUCACAAGUGUUUACUGGAGAGAUCAUUGAUCACUACUGUCCACCGGGAAAAUUUGACUUUGGCAACAACGGCAACCAAAUCCAAGACGACGCUGAACUGCACGACUACGACGUGUGUGACGAGGUCGAGCAGUUCGUGAGCAAUGCCAAGAUGCGCGGCGACCAUUCUAAAGGCAACCACGUGUUCAUUCCCAUGGGCUGCGACUUCCAGUUCGACAAUUCGCUUCGCUGGUUCAAGAAUAUGGACAAGAUCAUUCACUAUGUGAACCAGGACGGCCGAGUGAAUGUGCUGUACUCCAACUUGUCAUACUACACGGACUUGAAGCGAGAGGAAGGACUCUCGUGGAGUGUCAAGACCGACGAUUUCUUUCCCUAUGGUUCGGCCCAAGACGACUACUGGUCGGGCUUCUUCACUAGUCGACCGACGUUGAAGCGGUUUGCACGUGUGGCGAAUACUUUACUGCAGCAAGUUCGUCAGCUUGACGCUGUUUAUCAAAGCCAUCACUCGGCCCCUUUGGACGCAUUGCAACGCGCUGUGGGUCUCGUACAGCACCACGACGGUCUCUCUGGAACUGAGAAGCAAAGCGUCGCUGAUGACUAUUCGCUGCGUCUGAAUGACGGCAUCAUCAAGGCCGAGAAGGAGUUGAACGAAGUGCUGUUCGUGAUCGGAGAGAAGGAGCCGUACCACUUGUGUCUCCUAGCCAACACGAGUGUGUGCGACGUGACCACUCAGAACGCCAACUUUGAAGUGGUGGUACACAAUGCACUGGCACGUACGAGUGUGCAGACGUUGUCGAUCCCUAUCACGCACAAGUCGGCGGAGCUGUCGCUGCUGUCCGGGAAUGCCAAAGUCCGUGAACAGAAUGUCUAUGUGGCGUUGCCAGUGCACCCUGAAGUGCAGGUGGCUCCCUACUCGUUCGUGUUUAGUGCCGAGCUCAAACCGUUGAGCACAACUCGAUUCCUGGUUAAGCAGAAAGAUCUCGUCGAUGAAGAACCGGUUACUGACAGUGUGGAUGAUAAUGACGACGUGGUUGUGCUGGAGAACCAACUGAUGCGAGCGGAGAUCAGCAAGUCCACGGGCUCCAUCACGAAGCUCGCCAACAAGAAGAAGAACAUUCAAAUCCCGCUGUCUCUUGAUGUCGCGUACUACCAGGCGUUCCAGGCCGACGGUCCCAAGUCUGGCGCGUAUGUUUUCCGUCCUGACUCGAACAAGACGUACCCUGUCACAGGCAAAAUGUCGACACCCAACUCGUUGCCGGACGUGGAGAUGGUGGAGCUGCAUGCUACCGGUAGUCGCACCAGUGUUCCGCGUGUGGCAUUCAAGAUCGGCAACUGGGUGACGCUCGAGUACCGUGUAAACGACAACGACGAGUUCCUGGAGAUCGAGUGGACCGUCGGACCUGUGCCCAUCGACGAUAAGAAGGGCAAGGAGGUGAUUCUGCGCUUCGAUGCUGGCAAGAGCAUCGCAUCUGACGCUACGCUGUACACGGAUUCGAACGGCCUUGAGUUCAUGAAGCGUGUGCGCAACCACCGCGACACGUGGAACUUGACUUUGCACGACAACCAGGAGGCGGUGGCGGCCAACUACUUCCCCAUCACUACUGGAGCGUACAUCAAGGACGCCAAGCACCAAUUGAACGUGGUGACGGACCGUGCGCAAGGAGCAGCGAGUCUAGUGGAUGGUCAGGUGGAGGUGAUGGUUCAUCGUCGUCUGUUGGCUGAUGACAACAAGGGAGUGAGUGAACACCUGAACGAGACGGAGUCCGUGUACGACUCGGCCACGAAGAAGCAAGUGACGAAAGGUCUGGUGGUACGUGGCAACUUCUUCAUCAACGUGGACUCAGCGGAGGACGGUAUGCGCAGUAUCCGCUCGAAGAUGGAGUCGCAGUUCUUCCGUCCACUGACGAUAUACCGCAAACCGGUUCCGUCGGAGGUGGAGGCGAAGGUGCCGUGGUUGACGGUGGGCGAGUUCCCUGAGAACGUGGGCUUGACGACGUUGCAGGAGCUGACGAAGCAGUGCUUGAUGGUGCGUCUGUCGCACUUGUUCGCUGUGGACGAGCACUCGACUUUGUCGAAGCCUGUGACGGUGGACUUUUCGACGUUGUUCUCAGUGAAGAAUUCGGCGGUGUCGGAGGUGACGGAGCUGGUGCUGACUGGCACGAAGGAGCUGGCUGUGGAGGAGGAGGGAGUGGGCAUGCAGUGGAAGACCACGGACGACACGUAUGGAUGGACUCCUCGCUCGCUGCCAGUGAAGGGCACGUCGGUGACGUUGCAGGCGAUUGAAGUGCGUGCUUUCCGCGUGUGCUUCGCGAAGACUGCUGGUUCUGUUACUGUCGAUGAGCCGGAAGAGGACAGCUACGGUGAAUCGCUCGGUGCUGCGCUGCAGGACCUGGCGGAAAUCAUUGCGUAUGAGUAAGAAACGACCACCGAGAAUUCGCCGAGCUAUAUGAGCAAAUAAUGUGUGUCGAUGAAUAACGAAUUACUCGACUUCUACUUUGGUGAAGACAGGUUCAUUUUCGUUCACGAGCCUCGCGUGGAAGGAUCAACGCUUUGUUCGCCCUACUAAAGGCACACGCUUGAGUGAAUUUACUGAUUGUGAACCCUUUUAUCGCCCAACGAUAACUUGUUUACUAAAAAAAUCCAAGCUCCGUCAUCUUCAAUUCCAGAGAAUAACGCAAA